CCACUGUGCACUCUGACGCUUUUUUCGGGCUGCCCCCCUGAGACAGACGGGAGAGAAUGGCUGCCAGUGCAGAGGUAGGGAAGCUGUUACAAGUUCAGAAUGGGACACCGCCAAGCACCAACUACAAUGGGGUAGAUGCCAUACACGCCUGCAACAUCCUUCAGCAGCUCAAAGCUUUGUACGAUGAAGCUCAGCUCACAGACAUUGUCGUAGAGGUGGACCACGGCAAGACCUUCUCAUGUCACCGGAAUGUUCUUGCCGCAAUUAGCCCAUAUUUUAGGUCCAUGUUCACGAGUGGCCUUACAGAGAGCAACCAACGGGAGGUCAGAAUCGUUGGGGUGGAAUCGGAAUCUAUGCACCUCGUCUUGGACUAUGCCUACACGUCCAGGGUCACGCUCUCAGAGUCCAACGUCCAGGCCCUGUUCACCGCAGCCAGCAUAUUCCAGAUCCCUGCCCUGCAGGACCAGUGUGCCCAGUUUAUGAUCAGUAGGCUGGACCCGCAGAACUGUAUUGGGGUUUUCAUGUUUGCAGAUGCCUACGGGCACCAAGAGCUGAAGGAACGUUCUCAAGACUACAUCCGCAAAAAGUUCCUGUGUGUUUCAAGAGAGCAAGAGUUUCUCCAGAUGACCAAGGAGCAGCUGGUCAGCAUUUUGAACAAUGACGACCUCAACGUGGAGAAAGAAGAACAUGUGUACGAGAGCAUCAUUCGCUGGCUGGAGCACGAUCUGAGCAGGCGCGAGGCUCACCUGGCCGACGUGUUCUCCCAGUGCAUUCGUCUGCCAUUGCUGGAUGACACCUUCCUCAGUCGGAUCCCCGCGCCCUUCGCUUGCGCCCUUUCCCUGUCCAAAGACCCAGUCGAGGCCAAAGCCCGCCUCACCGGCACCAAUGGUUGCCCCCAGCGCCUGGGAAUGACUGCUUCUGAGAUGGUCAUUUGCUUCGAUGCCGCUCACAAACACUCAGGAAAGAAGCAGACGGUACCUUGCCUGGACACAGCCACGGGCAGGGUGUUCAAACUCUGCAAACCUCCCAACGAUCUCAGAGAGGUCGGCAUCCUGGUGUCCUCGGAAAACGACAUCUACAUUGCCGGGGGCUACCGACCGAGCAACAGCGAGGUGUGCAUUGAUCAUCGAGCUGAGAGCGACUUCUGGCAGUACGAACAUGCUGGCAAUCGAUGGCUACCGCACGCGCCGCUUUUGCGAGCCAGGAUCGGCUGCCGACUGGUACACUGUUGCGGGAAGCUCUACGCGUUGGGCGGCAGAGUAUACGAAGGUGACGGCCGCAACGCUUUGAAAUCGGUCGAAUGCUACGACGCCCGGGACAACUGCUGGACGGCCGUGAGUCCGAUGCCGGUGGCCAUGGAGUUUCAUAGCGCCGUGGAGCACAGAGACCGGAUCUACGUCCUCCAAGGUGAAUAUUUCUUCUGCUUCGACCCUCGUAAGGACUACUGGAGUCACCUCUCCCCGAUGAGCGUACCCCGGAGCCAAGGUCUGGCCGCCCUCUACAAGAACUGCAUUUACUACAUUGCCGGCAUCUGCAAGAAUCACCAGCGCACAUUUACUGUGGAGGUCUACGACAUUGAGCGCAACAGCUGGAGCCGCAAGAGGGAUCUGCCCUUUGACCAAGCCACCAGCCCCUACAUCAAGGCCAUGCUGCUGCAAGGCAAGUUGCACCUGUUUGUACGGGCCACGCAGGUCAUGGUGGAGGAGCACAUCUUCCGUACCAGCCGCAAGAACUCCCUUUACCAGUAUGACGAUCAGGCGGACGCAUGGACCAAAGUCUACGAGACGCCUGACCGCCUCUGGGAUUUGGGCCGCCAUUUUGAAUGCGUGGUAGCCAAACUCUAUCCACAGUGUCUACAGCGGGUGCUUUGAAGAAGCUGUGGCCGUGGCUUGUGCUGUGAACCCAAUCUGGGAGGCAGAGGGAGCGGUGCGGUUUUGCCUGCCUUGUGCCUGGUGUUACCUCGGCUUUGCACCACAAAGACCGUUUUUUUUUUUUUGUCUAUCUGUUUUCGAUACGUCUUAAGCGGUCAAACGUUUUUGGGUUUGACAAGAUCAAGACCGGGGUGCUUUUAAAAAAUUGCAGUAUUCCCCCACCACCACCACCUCCUACCCACACUGAUGCUUGCCCUAGAAAACCGUACAACGAAUCAUAAGUGCAAUUACUCAACUUGUGUCGCUUAUUGUUGAGCCACGCUCUUGUCAUUUGGUUUGGAUACAUGACCGAGGUUCUACAAAAGCAUGUAAACAUGGCGUGCACUCCGGAGAUAUGAAUGCUACUUCUCAGCAUAAAGUCAAAUACUAUAUAUACAUACAUAUAUAAAAAAAAUAUAUAAACUAUAUAUUCAUACGGGUAAUAUGAAUAGCAUUGCUCAUUAUUAGUUUGCCGGCUCUGAGGUUUGUUUGCGCCACCUCCCCCCCACCCCAACCGCCCUGCAAGUCAAAUCUCUGAAGCUCCUUUUUUCUAGGUGACUUAUUUUGAAGUCUAGUUGUGAUUUACAGUAGGUUUUGAAGCUUGUAUGAUAUUUUGAUGCCCCCCCUUCCCCGCUAUUCCUCCACAAGCGACUGUGUGUCAAACAAUUCACUGUGUGUGGCUUCUGAGCAGUUUUCAUGUUUUGGUUUUAGAUUCCAAUUGCUUAGGGGGGGAGGGGGUCUCGUGCCUCCCACCCUUUCAGUCGGUGUCCAUUUUGUGUGUCACACAUGAGGACAACUUGUGAUGUUGGAAUAUUCCCUCUCCACAUUGGAGAAAUGACAAGAGUGAACUUUGUGUCAACACUAAGUGGGAAGUUCAGACCAACUACCACGCUUACCUCAGAGACUUCAGAGCUAUUCCAUUAGGAGGAGGAGGAGGAAAAAAAAGAAAAGAAAAAAGACUUUUCUGGAUGUUUUGUGUUAACGAAGCAACAACAUUGAGCUCGGUUUGGAUUGCUUUCUAGAGUUUCAUUCUAACCAGUUUUAAAAGGUCAAAACAGCCUUCCACAAAAAUGCAUUUGCGAUCUUGUAAUAACUGAUCCGGAAUUUGGAAAGCGUUUUGUUGUAGCAAUAAUUCCUAGAACUGUGAUGAGGCUACAUGUCUUUAUAUGACUUCAGUCAAAGUGCGUUGAUUAUUUUGUGUGCUCGUCCGGUAUUGAAAUUACAUUAGUUCCACUGGAGCACGGCUUGGAGCGACAUGUCAUUUUGUGCAGAUCACUCGAGAUGCCGACGUGCCUGUGGCCGAAAGAAAAAGCCUGGGACUCAAAAGUGUCCCUCCUGAUGAACAAUAGCGGGAAAGUCUUAACUCGGCGUUGCACUGAAUGGCUCUCACGUCAACAGAUCUGAACUGCGAACUCAUCUUGAAGAAGCACCUCUGUGAAAAAGGCCACAAAUCCGUCUUUACAUGCCGCCGCCAGUGGACUAACAGUUGGUGCUGCUUUCAUUUUUCUUUGUUUUUUUUGACAAUCUUUUACAGAAGAACUCGUCCCACAGCUACGUGGUGUUUCUCUGCCCGUGUGACAUUUUCAGUACAUUACUGUCAAUUUUGUCAUGCUGGUUCCUGUGUCAGCUUUGCACUACUACACAAGAGUGGCCCACAUUCUGAAAGAGCUUCAGCAACCUUAUUACAAUCAACCCGAAAAAAAUAUUACAUGCUAAUUCAGCAUUCAUUUAAAAAACAACCAUGAUAUUAAUACCAGAGGCGUUGACUUUAACGGCUCAGCUCAGAGUUGAUGUUAAAGCUUCAUUCACACAAUUUACAGUUGGUAAGUGAGCAAUGGGGAACUCUCAGGAUUUCUACUGAAACAGUACUGUAUUUUUAAUUGUUUUUGUGUGUAUUAUACUGUACAAUAGGUUUGCUGUACUUGCACAGUUUUUAAACUUCAGUUUCUUUUAUAACUUGAAGAGUAGAUGUUUUUUGUUGUCUUCAGUACCCCCCCCCCCCCCCCCCCCCACCCUCUCUCUCUUUGCUUAUGUUAUUUGCUAUUUAGUUUUGGUAGACUAAUCCUGCUCUGAGAAGAUUGCCUGCACGACUAAUACAUUUGAAUUGAUUUCCCCCUACACUGUAGUACAGAACCUUCUCACCAAACAUAAGCAUUGCAGAUCAAUAAACUAAACAUUUUAAAUAGCAGUCAUGACAGACUGUACUACAAGCUAUGAAAUCUAUUGUAUGUUGAAGAGCUAGUUCAUGGCCCUGGGCUGCAAUACAAAGCUCAUCUCAUCAAAUGUUUGUGCAUUUAAACUCAACUUCUCAUGUUUUUCUUUUUCUCUCCACUUUGCUGGUUUGUCUUUUUGGGCUUAUGGUUUAUAGUGGUUGUUGAGCUCAACUGUGAAAUUCACGUUGCACAUAACUUGAAAAUAAAAUAAUUAAAAGUGAAACUAA